AUGGUGGCCGCAAUCGCAUCCAGUCUGAGCUUGAGGCCUCUCACCGCUCUGCCAACAGCCCGUCCUUCCGCAAGGAGGUCGAGGGUGCAGACACCAGUCCGUGCCCUCUCAGACACAAACCUCGUCAUCGGCGGCGCCACUGUUGCCAGUCUUGCGCUCGGCCGCUUUGUCUUCCUGGGAUUCCAGCGUGACAACGCAAAGAAGCAGGGCCUUCCCCAGCAGAACGGCCAGUCCAACGUUGAGGCGGGGGACAGGCUUGCAGAGGAGGCAAGCUUUGCUCUGAAGACCAACGACCCUGCUGGCUUCAACCUGGUUGAUGUCAUGGCAUGGGGCGCCAUUGGCCACGCUCUGGGAUACUUCAUCCUUGCCACCACAUCGCUGAACAACACCCCAGGCUUCGACCCCAAGCCAUUCUGA